CACAUUCAAACGCAAGAAGCAUUCGCGUCGGAUUGUUUGUGGCCGAAGGAUACGAGGGUCUUUCUUUCGACUUUUGACUAUAUUUUCAGCAUUUUAGGUUGAGAUCAGAGGCAUCGACUUGAAGUGAUUUUGCCUGGUUUAGAUAUGGAAGGGGGCUCUGCUGAUGCGUAUACAUGGGAUGCCCCUUCUCAUGUUAUAGAAUCUAUUGAUGACUUUGCCUUGGACACUCAAGAUAAUGCUGAUCAGUGGUUUGAUUUAAUGGCAGCUCCUAAAAAUGGUACUAUGGAACAGCUCACCACCCCUUUACGGACCACAAAGCCUUUUGAUGGAACCCAUAACACCAACAGACCCAAAGCUUUGGUAUCUCCUAUGGUCAAACAAGAUGAGACCACAAAAUCAGAUGUUACAGAAGGCACCUCUACAAUGGGCUCAACGAACAUUGUCACAUCAUGGGGAAACGGCAAAACUACUGCUGCUCCUGGUCAGGGCCAGAAGUCAGCUCCCGCUCAACCCCGCAGAGUUUCAAAAAGGCCAAUGCCCAAAAAUGACAAUCCUACAGCUCCUUCAACACCACCUAUUGUCAAGAAAAGGAGGAGCUCAACAUCCAGGUCUGCUCGACACAGUGGUGCUGGUGUAAGGAGUAGUAUCAGGCUGAAGAACAAAUCAUCCUUUGCCUCAAAGACUUCUGCUGCUGCCUCGGAUACUGCCUCUGCUGCCAACACUACACACCAGAGAAGCACAGAGCAACAGGAGUUGGAGCGCAUUGAGGCUCUGCAGAAAGAAGUGGCCGAACGGCGCCGUAAGAAUGAGGCCAGCUAUAGGGCUGCACUGGCAGGCUGUCAGCCUCCUAAAAGGCAAGUGCUGUCCACCACUAUUCCCAAAGAGUUUAACUUCCGUUCAGACAGCAGGAUGAAGAACCAUUCAGAUGCUGCCUCUACAGAGGACCACAUGUAUAAGGAGAUGGACUUUACCUCUCAGCUCCGCAAGCACCCAGCUUCCCCUUUGAAAGCUCCAAAGGGAACAACAAUCCCCAAACCCUUCAACCUCUCCAGAGGGAAGAGGAAACUAGAGGAGACUGGAGCCUACAUGCCAAUGGCCCAACAGAUUGAGCUGUUCCAGAAACGCACACCAACCCGCUAUCACUUGCGUAGCCGGCAGAGCCAGGAGAGAGGACCAUCACCGCUGAAGACUUUGAAGCCAAAGAUCACACACCCUAAAACUCCACAGUUGAUGACCCGGCAGAGGAGCCGACCCACACUGAUGAAGAGCACGGCAGAGAUUGAGGCUGAGGAAGCAGAAAAACUUCAGCAGUUUAAGUUCAAAGCUCUAGAACUCAACCGAAAGAUUCUAGAAGGGGCUCUGGUUCCCAAGAAGCCAGCAGUUAAGGAAGCUACCCGCCCAGAGGGCUUCCAGCUGGAGAUUGAGAAGCGACUUCAAGAGAGACAGGCCAGCAAAAUACAAGAAGAACCAGAGGACCACACGUUUCAUUCUAGACCCUUACCCACACGAAUUUUGGAGGAAAUUGUGGGAGUCCCAGAGAAGAAAGUGCUAAAUCCAACUGUGCCAGAAUCACCUGCAUUUGCUCUUAAAAACCGUGUGAGAGUGGAAAAGAAACAGGAAGAGGAAAAGCCUCCUGCUCCGAUUAAAGCACUUGCUGUGCCUCACUACCUGCCCUUCCAGCCCAAACCUCCAGCAAAAAGCCAGGUAGAAAUGUGCCCUUUCUCAUUUGAGGAACGUGAGCGUGAACGGAGGGCAUUAAAGGAGAAGAAACUGGAGGAACUCAGAAAUGAAGAGGUGCCAAAGUUCAAGGCACAACCUCUUCCUGAUUUCCAUGAAGUGCACCUACCUGAGAAAAAAGUCUUGGAGCCAACCAAACUUGCUCCAUUCAAACUGAUGAUUGAUGAACGUGGUGCAGCAAAGGGUGAACGCUGGGAACAGAUGAUGAAAGAAGAAUUGAAACAACAGGCUGAAGCAGCAUGUUUUAAGGCACGACCAAACACCGUAACUCAUAAGGAACCUUUCCAACCAAAGAAAGAGAAUCGCUCCAUCCUUGCCAAUACUACUAAUUCUACAGUUCCGGAGGGCUUCCAGUUGCUGACAGAGCGGCGUGCUAAGGAGCGUCUGGAGUACGAGAAAGAGGCUAGUGAGAAGGAAGCGCUGAAGGCUCACAUGGAAGAAGAGCGGGCUAGAGAACAAGAAGAGCAAGAAAAGGAGGAGAUUGCAAAGCUACGACAGGAACAGGUGCACAAAGCCCAGCCAAUCAGACGCUACAAGCCAGUGGAGUUGAAAAAGAGUGACGUGUCCCUCACAGUACCGCAGUCUCCAAACUUUUCAGACCGGUUCCGCAUGUAAAUGCAUAACAUGGCGUUAGAUCAACUGAAUUGUACAUUGUUCUUUUAUAUUUUUAACGAGUUUUGGUAUGCCUCGACAAGGUCUCUCAAUGUGUAGAAGUUUUUGUGGCUUUUGUACAAGCUUUUUUUUUUUUUUUUUUGUAUUACCCUUUUGUCUAGUAAAUGCAUUUAUCAGGUUGUGAUAACCUUUCUUACUACAUUCUCUUAAAUUCCUCUGUAUAUGCAGCCUGUUUUCUGUCCCUUUUUUACCAUUUUAUUCCAUCUCGCAAUAAA